CGUGUAGUUAUUUUGCAAAUAACUUUCGAAGUGUCAGAUUUUAACUAAAAGUAGUUAUAUUGCCGAUACAACAUAGAGAACAAAAAAUGAAUAAACCCAGUUAUUAUCCAAACUAUUAUUCAAUUGAUGACGUGAUGAUAACGCAGGAACGAAUUCCCAGUCGGGCCCUUCAAAACCUCUUCGGCUUAGGUUUCCUGGAUACUUCUGAAAAAGGUGAGCAUUUAGAAGCAAAUCAUCAACUUGAACUGCCACUUUGGUAUUUACUGCAGCAAGAUGAACGGAAUCCAAGCUUCCAAUUGGUUAUUCCGGACAUCUUCACCACGGCUUACAAAGAGAUCUAUAAGGCGGACGCAAGCUAUGUUGAGCUAGGCAAAUUGAACAAAUUUUACUAUGAACUGGGCAUGUAUCUGUGUAAAUUUGAGACUGGAGAUGAUUUGGCAAGUAUGUUAUUCGAUACAGCUCAGGAGCGCAUUAAAGGAAUAAAGGACAUGUGCAACAAUGUAAGCAGCGAAAAUUUAACUGAUAAUAAGAAACUGGAAUACAUGGAACGGAUUCUGUAUGAAGCCGGAAGCAAAAGUCAUAAAAUGUUUUCUGACUGGCUGCAGGAGAAAUCGGUUAAUAUAAAAUCAACCGAACUCGUUACCAAUCAUCGGAAAAGAAAGCGUGAUGAAAUGGAUGAUGAUGAAGUCAAUUCACAGGUUUCUCAACGUAGUUCAAUGUAAAUUUGGUACUAUUCGCGCAUUAAUUUUUAUUAAACUUUUAACUCGA